AUGACGAGAGGCGACUUCACGUUCCAGCCUGCCGAACCCCCUGCUAGUAGGGGAGACAAGUGGCCAACUCUCGCCGGCGAAGUCGCAUUUUCGGAAACCAGACGUCAGCUUGAACAUGACAUAAAAUGGUGGCACACCCAGGGGAACGGCCAGGUCAAUGUGGUCCUCUCAAUCACAGUUUACCCCCGGGGCAAGAUCACCAUCGAGAAAUGGGAUCCUCCAGCACCAGGAGCAAAUCCUUUGCCCACCCAAAAGAUGGAGAUUGUUCGACACCCAACUAAAAUUAGCGGAUCCCUCAAGAUCGAUUUCGAGGACGUAUACCUUCGCCCCAAGCAGCGCAAUGAGACCGAUUUUAUCCUCACGGAUGCCGAAAUGGAAAGGUUCGCAUACUUAGUAUGGCGCCCUCAGUUUCCCUAG